AUCACCCAUGCUGCAGUGUGUGUGUGUGUGUGUGUGUGUGUGUGUGUGUGUGUGUGUGUGUGUGUGUGUGUGUGUGUGUGUGAAGCCUCUCAGGUCUUGUAUCUGGACCGGGUGAUCCCUGCUCUCUCCUAUUUCUCGUGUGGCUCGCGGACUCACAGCGGACUCCCAGCGGACUCUCAGCGGACAGUCUCCCACAGUCAGCGGCUCUGUAGCCGCCUCUGGCUGGUCUCACCUCCGCGGAUCGCCCCCCCCCCCGGUGCCGACCCGUACCGGCUGCUCCCUGAUUGUAUCAACUGAAUCACACACACACCGACACACAGACAAGAGAAGGAGAAGAAAGAAUGCGGCUGUGUUUCACUUUCUUUGCUUCCAGGGACCCGUGUAUCUAUCUCCCACAUCUUCUGCUCGGAUCUUUCUUUGUGGACGCUUUCUGCUGCGGCUGUGUGAGUACUGACGGUCGCUGUUGUUAUCUUUCUUUCUUCCUCCUCUUGUUUUGCACAGCGAACAGACACUGACAAAGAUAAGAUAACGUGACGCUAGAUUUGAAGCGGAAAGAAGCGCAUGCCUGCUUUUUGACCUUUUUUUUUUUCUCUCAAUCAGAAAGAGGCAAUAUGUUGUUAAUAGAUGCACUUCCAUCUGAGUGUUUUUGUUCUGUCAGAGGGGCGUAACUGGAUGUAGACACACAAAGGCAGCUGCAUGAAGACAGUGUGCAGGGAGGAUGCAGCGUUUUUACAGUUCAACUAAAACUGCCUUCACGUCUACUGGGGAGUAAAUUGAGUUGAAAGGAAAAAAAACAGACUGCUAACCCAGUUAGGAACAGAGAAGCAGCAACACAGAAUAUACAAUACAAUACAAGAAGAUGAGCCCUUAUUUGUUCUCUUUGCUUUAUAUUGGCUCAAUGUAGCUCUAUAGUUUGAUUUUUCUCCCUUAACCUUUAGAAUCGGAAUCUGCUUUAUUGGACAGGUAUGAGAGCACAUGCAUGGUUUUUACUCUGGAUAACUUUGACCUAGAUGUAAAAGCGGUAAAAAAAUGUAUAUAAAACUAUUAAAACUAAUAGCCUACAUAAGACAAUAGUGCAGUGGCAAGAAGUGCAAACAAUGCUGGAAAGAACAGGAUAAUAUGAUAUCAUAUGAUAAUGAUAUCAGACUUACAAGAGGUGGAUUUAUUUCACAACAUUGAUAUUAAAAGCAUAGUGUGCACAGGUUCAUGACAGAUGAGGGAAUGAACCUGUUCACACCGUUUUCAUUGAAGGAUAUUUUCACCUGAAAUUUCAAGUAAUGGGCUCCAAAAAAUGAAAAAAAAAAAAAAAAUUAUGACUGUAACUUAAUUGAAAAAUAUUCUUACUUCUAGGCUGAAUUCUGGUUGCAUAACUGCAGAAUUAUGGAGAGUUAAAGCACACCAAGCAGCCAUCUCCAGCGGUUAUGCAUUAUAUAUUAAGUUGGCCCAGUGCUGCACCUCCCACCCAACACUACUGUCAAAGCUCCUCUCCGCUCUCUCUGUUCUUCUCACCUUACACUCUGACAGAAUAAGCCCGGACUGAGGCAAACACACCAACACGGAGCAUGUUUGUAAGUGUUUUAAAGACAGUUGUGUUUCCAGUUAUUGAGUGCACAUCCUCUGUUUUUUUCAGAGGGGAAAGAGGGAGAGAGAGAGUUAAAGCUCGGGUCUGCCCUCAGGCCUUUGACAGCAGAGAGAUUUGUUGCGUGGACUGAUGGAUUGUUUGCGUUAUGCAGCCAUGUGAUGUCAGGAGUGGCAGGAAGUCAAUGCUUUUUGUUUUCUACCUAUAUGGCUGUGCAAGUGGGGGAAACAGAGCCAAAACAACAGGUAGAUGUUUCACUUUGCAUUUGUGUGACUUUAAAUGAGGCAAACUGAGUCACUAUAUUUGAUGCAAUCAAAAAUGUAUUUAGACUUUUACUUUAAAAAAAAAAAAACUGCUCAAAUGGUAAAGCAGUGAAUGACAUGAUUCUCCUCUGUAAGUCAGCGGUGUAGAUCGGGUUACACUGCCAUUCAGUGUUAUGUAAUGUCAACUCUCUUGUGACAAAGCUCCUGUUUGCACACUGGCUCUGUUGCUAUCUUGCUCGUGUGUUUCCCAUUUCCUCUUUUCCUCCCCAGCAUCAUCAUCAUCAGCAGCAGCAGCAGCAGCAGCAGCAGCAGCAGCUGAUGUGUAGAGAGACGCAGCUAAUAGCAGUAUCUUUUUCCACAGUGACCACAGCCUGAUGCCGAAAUCCCUACAUUCAUGAGACGGCAACAGGAAGCAGAUUACUGAGGGAUUACACACACACACACACACACACACUCAACAGCAGAGGAGCACAGUUCCUGGAUUUGUCCGAUGUCCAACUGGGGAUCUCACACUCAAUGAACUCGUCUGACUGACUGAUUGAGACUCUCUCUCUCUCUCUCUCUCUCUCUCUCUCUGGUAUCAUGGAAGAAGAGGAGGAGCCAACUGAGCCUCAUUGAAUUAGAUUCACAUAACCCCACCUCCUCGUCUUCCUCUCCUCCUCUCCUGGCUCACAAUCGAAGGCUUUGACUGGUCGAUGAGGAUUACGGAUUUAUGACAAACACAGCUGAGUGUGCGGAGAACGAAAGUAAGAGAGAGAGAGGAGUGUAGAGCCCAGUGUCCGCCUGCUGCUGUCCCAUGAUGCAUCAUCUACACAUGUGAGAGCAGGAUCAGCCACACAGAGGGCUGUUACUAUGGAUACCCCUGCCCAGGGUAGUAUUAAUAAGACUCGCUGAUAUUCUGACUAUCUGCGCGUGAGAGAAAAGACACAGGGCGAGAUUAGAGGUUCACGGUUGCUGCAGCGCACUACAGCCUCAAACAACAUCAAUGGAGCAGAGAGAGAUGUCAUCAUUAAGCAUGGAGAGGAAAAGUUGACAGGGAGAAAGAGUUAUUUUUAGCCCAAAAAAAACCAAAAAACGUUUUAAAAGACUUAUUUAAACCUGCAGCAACAUCACUGAUCUACCCCCAAUUUGAUUUAUUUCAAUGUUGUCUGCGUUUUGAUUUGUUUGCUCAGAUAGCCUUGUCCUAAAGACCUGAAACGUUGUGUUCAGAAGCACAUUGACCGCUGCUGGUUCAGUAAAUGGAUGAUUCCAUCAGACUCUGCCCACACAGAAACAGAAGUCAAGGAUUAUAUGAUGCACAAAGAAACUUCUGACGCCUGGAGGAAAAAGCUCGGUUUCUAACUUGCCUUGCAAACAUCAUUUCCGUGCCCAAAUUCUGCACAGAAAACGUAUCCUCAAAUUUUGGUGUGGCUCUCUUCAAAUGCCAACACCAGAAUAGUUCUGAUACUGAAAGUUGUCCUUGUUUUAACCGGAACAGAAAUCUUCAUGCACCAGCUAGUCAGGGAAGAACAGGUCUAUGGUAGAAGUUUGGCGAUCACCAGCACAAUGUAACAUCCUGCAGCUAAAACAAUAAAUAAAAAGCGCCUGCUGGGAUCCAUUAGACUCGAGGAAUCUAUUCAUCAUCCCUCCUAAACACCUCUAGAGUGGGCUGUCAUGGCCAGACACGACACCCCCCUCUUCCCCCACGGCUUCGACCUGGGUGGCCACUUUGUCGACCUCAGACCCCUUGGCAUGGGCGUCACAGGCCUGGUGCUGUCGGCCGUGGACCAGCGCACAGGGCAGCGAGUGGCAAUUAAAAAGCUUGUGAUGCGCGACGCCGUGACGGUGAAACACGCCCUGCGGGAGGUGAAAAUCACCCGGCGGCUGCACCAUGAGAACGUGGUGAGGGUUCACGAGGUUUUGGCACCGUAUGGACGACCCCUGCCCAGAGACCCCACCCAGCUGAGCGCCCUGUACAUCGUCCAGGAGUGCAUGGAGACUGAUCUGGCUCGGCUGCUGGAACAAGGACCGCUACAAACAGGUCACGCCACCCUGCUGUUCUACCAGCUGCUGAGGGGACUGAAGUUCAUCCACUCGGCCAACGUCCUGCACAGGGACCUGAAGCCUGCCAACAUUUUCAUCAACACUGACCAGCUGCUGCUCAAGAUCGGAGACUUCGGGCUGGCCAGGAUAGUCGACCCUCACUACUCUCAUAAGGGCUAUCUGUCUGAGGGUCUGGUAGCUAAGUGGUACUGUUCCCCCCGUCUGCUCCUGUCCCCUAACAACUACACCAAGGCCAUCGACAUGUGGGCCGCUGGCUGCAUACUGGCUGAGAUGCUCACUGGACGCAUGCCGUUUGCAGGAGCCCAUGAGCUGGAGCAGAUGCAGCUGAUUCUGAACACGGUGCCUGUGCUGCGAGAGGAGGACAGACAAGACCUGCUACAGGUGAUGCCUUCAUAUGUCAGUCAUGGAUGGAGAGUCAAGAAACCCUUUUCGGAGUUGCUGCCUGAAGUGGAUGCUCAGGCUGUGGACUUCCUUGAGCUCAUCCUGACCUUUAACCCAAUGGACCGGCUGACAGCUGAAGCAGCUCUGUCCCAUCCCUUCCUCCAGCAGUACUCGUGUCCGGAGGAUGAGCCCACCUCAUCACAUCCCUUCCGCAUUGAGGACGAGCUUGAGGACAGCCUCAUCACCGAGCAGAGCCUCAGCAACAGCAACAGUCAGGCCUCAAGCAUCCACUGGAGGUAUGAGAACAGCUUAUCAACAGACGUGUCCUGGCAGCAGUCAGGUGGGAGGUGUCGCUGCAUGCCCCCCAGCCACAACACCUCCGACAUGGGAGACACCACCGAGGAGGAGGAGGUGCAGAGGGACCCACGGGCCAGUACGGCCUCGCAGCUGGAGGAGGCUCAGGUCGAUCCACGCAAAUAUUCCCACAGUAGCUCAGCCGAACGUUUCCUGGAAAACUCCCACUCCUCUCUGGAGCGGGCCUGUGGUUUGGGCUACGGGGAUCUGGAUUGUGGCCGCUCCUGUGACUACAAAGUGGGCUCUCCUUCCUAUCUGGAUAAAAUAGCCUGGAGGGAAGGCAAGCCUCAACACUACUCGGAACCAAAGCUGAUCCUGGAUCUGUCUCACUGGAAGCGCAACACUAACAGCCUCCCUGUGCCUGCUGGGCCGAUCUGCGGCAGCGUCGUGGAGGACCUGGGAGACGUGAACGGGGAGAAAGCAGAACAGGAGGAAGACGAGGAAACGGGGGAUUUGUUCAAAGAGAUUUCUCGCUGGGUGGAGAGCACCCAGUCUCGUCUGCAUUCACCCAGUCCCAGCCCUUCUUUGGAGCAAAACUCACCCUCCUGCUUCACUUCCUCACCCCCUCUUCCUCUCUCCCCGUCUGACCUCCCAACUCCCGUCUUCCACUACACUGAAGUCCUGCGGCAGCCAUCAGCGGGUUAUGAUGAAGACACACUGAGCCCGCUUCCACCUGUCUUGUCCUCCUCUCUUCCCUCACUUCUCCCUUCCUCUCCCACCGCUCCUCUGCCUCCUCAGUCGCCUCCAACUGCAUCUCCCCCCAUCUCACCACUUAUCCCUCCUUCAGAAUCUCAACCCCUGUCCUCGACUUCUUCGAUCACUCAGCCAGUAAAUGACGACUGCUUGGAGUCACUUCCCGUCAAGCAAAAAGAUCGCCUGUUUGACCUGGAUGUUUUUAUAUCCCGGGCUCUGAAACUGUGCAGGCAGAAUAGGGAGAAAGCAGAAGGGAGGAGAGGAAAGGAGGGAGGAUGGAAGGAAGAAAGCAAACAGCAGAACAUUAAUCGAAAGGUGCCCAGACUUCCGGAGCACAGGACUCCACCACCUCCUCAGACGCCCAACUCUUGAUGCUGAGUUUCAACUACAGGUACAACACAGAGCAGCGUCAUAAUGGAUAGCACCUCCUUAUUCUCAUAGUGCAUUACUAUGUGGUUUAAUAUGCUGCAUAAACAUUAGGCUAGACCUCAGUGUUAGCAGCUCUCGUCCUUUUGUGACUCAUGCAAUGACACGCGACAUGCUGUGACUGACACCGGCACGUAAACAAGCAAUCCUGCAACUUUGUCAAGAUGUGUUCUCAGGCAAUAAGAGGUCAGAAAGCAGUUUGGUUAAUACGAAUAGCCAUGCUAGCAUUGAACAUAUAUCAUUUGUUCUAAACAAACAUUUGUAAAAACAGUGUGCAAAUGAUUGUAGGGUUUAUAAUCAUUGGUCAGACUUUGACUUAUUUUUAAACAAACAUCCGACUAAGAAGGAGUCGGCCUGUUAGCAAGACUCAUCUGGGCCAUUUUCAAUAUUCAUGCGGCGGCCAUUUUCCUCUGUUGUUAAACUCAGAAUUAGAAGAUAAAAUACUUAAUAAUAUCUUCCUGCUGUAUUCUAGAUUAUAAUUCCCAUCCUCCUUCUGUUAAACGAAAAGCGAAGCCGGAAUGUACAUUUCUAUCAUUUAAAAAAAUGAAGGGAAUCUGACAGACUUUAUCAUUUUAGUGCUUGUGUUUUAUCUGCAACCGAAGGACAGUAGAAGGUGAAAAUGUUGAGGGACAUCGAGCCAUAUUUCAAGUAAAAACAACAUUACCAAUAGCAACAGUGAAACAACAGCUAGUGCUAGCAUUGAACCUAUAUCUCCCUAGCUAAUAUUACUGCUAGGAAGCUAGCUAUUAGCUUGGUAUUUAAACAGAUUUGCUAUUUUAUUGUGUAGCACUUCCAAACUGUGAGAUUAGCCCUCAGUCACUUCCUAGCUGGAACUUUAUUCUCUCUUUGCUAUUGUUAGCUGUUGCUUACAGUCAUUAAUGGGUUAUAAAACAUGUUCUUUAGACGUAAAUAUGGAACAAUGUCCCUCCAAGUUUUAAUGACGGUUGCCUUUUUUAGUUGCUAAUCAGCUGAAAAGUUUUGAAAUAACAAUUUGGCAGAUUACCUACAUUCAACAGAGCUUGUCACUCUAAGCAUGAGUUUAAAGGGAUAAAAUAACAUGUAGGCUACUUUCUUUACAAGAGAUCCUUUGAUUUGUGAUAGUUAAUCAGUCCUUUUUCAAAUUGUCAGAAAGUCUUCCAAAGAUAAUGUUCACAAGCUGUGAGUGACGUAUAAAAUGCUUUUUCCAAGCUCCUCUGAAUGUAUUUACUGGACAAUACUAAAUUAUGCUACGUGAUGACCCGAAUGGAUCUGAUUUGUUGCUAUUUUAACACACGGUGACUUAAUGAGCUCUGUCACUGCUACCUGCCUUGUAAACUUGUAUAAAACGGUUUUCAUAUUGUAUUCUUUAGUAUAUUUCGCAAGAUUGUGUUCAUGAUAUUCUUGUGUCUUAAGAUAUUUCUGUAUUCUUUGCUAAACGCUAGAGCCCAACAUUAUGUUCAUUUGGAGUGAGUUGUAUUUUGUUUAAAUGUGGAAUGCUCUGUUGUAAUAAUUUAUGAUUAUCCUGAAUACCUGCUCUAGUUUGAUCACAAAUGGUUUCGUAUUCUGUCUGCCUGAUUUACCAAAACCAGGUCAGAAUCUGCUGUACAAUUGAUGAAAACGCUCUAUCCACUCUGUGCUAUGAAAGCAAGAAAUCUGUCACCAGUGUGCACACUUAAAUAUUAGCUUCAGAAAGCUAUAAUGCUAACAACAAAAAGCCUAUAUUUUGGAGAUUGUAAAUUCAUUGCAACCAAAACUAUUUGUACUCAAAGCUCAUCAACGCUGCCCAGCUACUGAGUAGAUGAGUGUGAGUAAAUGUGAUUUAAUCUAGCAUCUAAUGUGUCUCAUUCAAGAUAACCGAAUUAGAUCAAAAAUACAGUCAGCUGUAAGUUAUUAACGGAUAAAGGCUGUCGGCUUGUGCUUUGUACUUUUUUGAUCAAAGGCAUCUCAUUCGUUUCACAUAUCAAACUAAAGAGCUAUUGGUGAGCAUAUGGUAACAGCAAAAUGAGUCUGUUGGGCUUGUUCAAAAAAGUUAUACAGUUGAAUCCAUUUGCCCAGGACACACAGCUCGCACCAUCCCAGGUCCGACUGUUUGAUAUGUAAUACUCUGCUGACCUGGUUCACUCAAUGGGCUUUAUGCACAUUUAGGUACAAUAGUGAGCUGCUUAAAAUCACUGCCAGCACAGCAACAACACCUAGAAUAAGAUGUAUUUUAUCUGGCAUUACUGACUUUUAAUCAGUUAGCAACAAGUCUUUCAUACUGUCUUACAUGUUCACUCUAACUCCAAAUACACACCGUAAACAACCCACACAGAACAGCAUAGGAGGAAUGAAAAGCCUUUUUCCGCAGUGGAAAAAAAAUAAUCUUAUAGAUUUUUUUAAAUGCUUUUAAAAUGAAUGUGCACUUAAAAUUCAUUUUAAAAAAUGUUGACUUUGUUAAUAUUUCAAUUUCAGUAUAGACAAAGUGCAGGGGUUUACUGCAGAUCAUCACGUGCACAACAUGAACAGCCAUACGUGACAAACUGCUGACAGUACAACCUCUGAUACAGAAAAGCCAGAUACAUUCCUUCAUACUCACAUUAGACAUGGAGCACAUGUAGAGUCAAUAGCACAUUAAGAUUUACUCAGCCAGAUUUUAAACACAACAACAACAUGCUAGUUCUCAUCAUUAAUGUAACUCGUAGGUAUUAACAUACUUGGACUUUAUCGCUGUACUAACUGAUGUGCUUAUGUAAAGAAAAAGUACAAGCUUUCCAUUUUCUAAUCUGGAGAUAUUUAUCUAUCGGCUCAUAAACAAAAGCUGUGCUGCAGUGAAUCUCAUUAGAACAGGGUCUAGAAUUAAAUCCAUUGAGGUCCAGUGAUCACAUCAGGCUUUUUACAGUUUCUCUGCUCGUUAUCUGCCAGCAAUACCAUCCGUUACUAAUAACACAGGCAUACCUUAACAGCUGGUUACUGGGCUGACAUUUAUUAAUUUAAGUUUGUGAAGCAAUGUAAAAAAAAAUGUGCCUCAUUAUUACACCUUGAUGCUUCCAGCUUGCUGAAUGUAACAUAUCCUGUCUCUUCUGCAUGGCUUUCACAGCUAUUAAAAAAAAGCUAACAUUUCUUGUUUUUAUUUGGUGACACUUUGUUGUAAAAGUCAGAUUUCUGUUGGCUCUGAUGUCUUUUGUACUAAUGCUGCAAAGAGACCUCAGCUUUUCAUUUUGGAACAGCUGAGAAGUUUUUAAAUGCUCAACAAUGAUUGAUAGUAUCUUUCUGCAGUUUAUGUUUUUGCUGAAUAUUUAAUAAAAUAUUACUGAAAGUUUUA